AUGAGUCUUUCUCAGGAAAACGAUACCAAUGUAAAGCAUGAAAAGUUUCUCUUUGAUUGCGACCAUAUACUUGCGUUUUGCAAUAUUUUCGGCAAAUCUGAUUUGGAAGAUCAAACUGAUUCUGUAUUAGAAACAAAAUUGGAAGAUCUUGAUAAAAGAUGGCUAAAAUUGCAAAAUUCAUACGAAUCUCUAAUGAUUUGCCCAAGAUCUGAGAAUAAUAAAGAAUACAAAGAAAACGCUAAGAUAAACUUCAAUGCUUGCUCUGAUACAUUUUACACAUGUAGAUCACACAUUAUGGAUCUACUGAAGCUCUCAAGAGCAUGUGAAGUUCAAACUUCAAGGGCUCGAUCGAGUAGUCUACCUCAAACAAAUCCCAUAGGAACAAGAACAUCAUUCAUUAAGCUCCCUCCUUGUGAAAUAGACACUUUUACAGGUAGCUACGAAGAAUGGCCCUCUUUCCGUGAUCUUUUCACUACCGCAUGUAUUGAGAAUAAUGAAAUUCCAAAGGCCCAAAAGCUAUUUUACUUGAGAGUAAAAACAAGUGGUAGCGCUGGAGCAAUUGUCAAACGAUACACAUUAUGCGAUGAAAAUUUUGAUCAUGCAUGGAAUGCACUAAAGUCCCGAUAUGACAAUAAGCGCGUUUUAGUAGACAAUAAACUAAAAGUUCUCUUUAAUAUCCCUGUCGCAAUUUCAGAAAACAGCGAAUCUAUCCAAAAAAUUCAUUCGACAGUCACUGAUUGUUUAACUUCCCUAAAAGCACUUAACGUGAAAGUAGAAGGAUGGGACCCAAUCCUCAUUUAUUUAGUCUCAACUAAAUUGCCCGACGACACUCUAGCCCUCUGGGAACAAUCUUUCAAAUCUCAACGUGAAAUGCCAACAUGGGCGCAAAUGGAUGAAUUCCUCAAAAUUGAACAUAGCGAUGACACUCCCUCAACAUCGGCAAAUUGUCAAGUUCAAGCUAAUUUCUCAUCUAAUAACGUCAACAUUUUACUUCGUACAGCUCUAGUACAAAUAGAACACAUUGGGGAAUUGUUCACAGUCAGAGCACUAAUAGACCCAGGUUCCCAAAGAACAUUCAUAUCUGAAAGAAUUAGAUUUCUCCUCAAAUUACCCUAUCAGAAAGCUCAAGUAGAAGUUGUUGGAAUCGGAGGUCAAGUUCAAUCAGCAAAUAAGGAAUGUAAUAUUACUUUAUUUGCUAAACGUUGCAAUUUAAAAUUCACGUUGAAUGCGAUCGUACUACCAAAACUGACCAAAAGAAUUCCCGCAAUUUCUUUUGACCUUCCUAAUUCUUCUCAACUCUCUAGUCUCGAUCUAGCAGAUCCCAAUUUCAACUGCUCUUCUCAAAUCGAUCUAAUUAUCGGAAAUGACUCAGAACACUUCAUUAACAUUGAAGGUAUUAAAAAAAAUAUCUGUGGACAAGCAUCGGCUUAUAAUACGAUAUUUGGCUGGGUUUUAAGCGGUCCAAUUGAGACUAACACUGUACAAACGCUUACCACAACUGUCACUCCUUCUGAAAACUCUGCUCUAAAUAAUACAUUGAGACAAUUUUGGGAACAAGAAGAGUUGCCCCUUAAGCCAGUUAUUUCAGAAGAAGAUCAAUAUUGCGAAACAUUUUAUAAGCAAACGACAACUAGAGACUCUGAUGGAAGGUAUGUUGUAAGACUUCCGUUAAAAAAGGAAUUUCCCCAUUCAAAAUUUCUCGGCCCUUCACGAAUUUUAGCUCUAGUCCAAUAUUCACGUAUAAACCAAUCUUUGUCUAAAACUCCAGAACUACAAAACGAAUAUUAUAAUGUACUUGAAGAAUAUUUAACUCUUAAUCACAUGGAACCAGUUUCCUAUCGUGAAAUUGUAUCAGAUGGCAAAUAUUUCUCAUUUUAUCUUCCCCAUCACGCAGUAGUUCGCCCUGAACACAAAACCACUAAAGUAAGAGUAGUGUUUAAUGCAUCUCGAAGCACAAAAUCAGGUUUUUCACUUAAUGACAUAUUAUACACUGGUCCCACAUUGCAAACUGAAUUGAUAACUGUAAUUCUCAACUGGCGAAUAUACAAAUAUGUCUUUAGCGGCGACAUACAAAAAAUGUAUCGUCAAAUUUUAGUUCACCCAGACGAUAGACCUCUUCAGCGGAUAAUAUAUCAACAAAAUCCCACUAGCCCAAUUAAAGAUUAUCAACUCAAGACCGUUACAUUUGGUGUCAACUGUGCACCCUUUCUCGCAAUACGCACUCUGCACCAACUUGCUGAUGACUGUCAAGAAAAAUACCCUAAAGCUGCUCAAAUUUUACGCCAAGAGACAUAUGUAGACGACAUAUUGUCUGGUGGGCACACAGUUGAAGAAGCAAAAGAUUCACAGUCUCAGAUCCUGGACACUCUUAAGUCCGCUGGAUUUAUUCUAAAGAAAAUCACCGCAAAUGAUACCCAAUUACUGGCUCAAAUACCAACUGAAGAUCUCUAUGACUCCAAUUUAUUACGAUUUCACGAAACAAGCGCUACAAAAACUCUAGGAAUAAAAUGGAAUGCUCUAACUGAUGAAUUUACCUACUCAUUCUCACCAAUUCCCCAAGCCGAAAGUAUCACUAAGCGUAAAAUGUUGUCAGGUAUAGCCUCAAUUUUCGAUCCUGCAGGUUGGAUAACUCCUAUUGUUGUUAGAGCUAAAAUGCUAAUGCAGCAAUUAUGGCUAGAAGGUAAGCAGUGGGACGAUAAAGUCAGCUCCGAAAUUUUAGAUAAGUGGAAUAAACUGCUUACAGAUCUCUCUCACAUUGACAAGAUAAAAAUACCAAGAUGGCUCCAAUACUACCCCAAGGAUAACAUUCAGAUUCACGGCUUCUCAGAUGCUUCCAAAGGAGCAUAUUGUGCAACAGUUUACCUACGUUGUCAAAGUAAAUCUCAAGUCGUAUUCUCUAACCUUAUAAUAGCAAAAAGCAAAGUAGCUCCUCUACAGCCAGUUUGUUUACCUAGAUUAGAACUCUGUGGUGCUGUACUCUUAGCUACAUUAGCUAAAUAUGUCAUAGACUCCUUAAAAUUACCUCAAUGUGAAAUCUACCUGUGGACAGACUCAUCAAUUGUCAUUGGAUGGCUUUCUAAACCUCCCUGGACAUGGGAAACAUAUGUGGCUAAUCGAACAGCACAAAUUCAUAACGCUCUACCCAAUGCAACCUGGGGUCAUGUUCGCACUCAUGAUAAUCCUGCAGAUCUCGGUACUCGUGGAUGUAAACCCCAAGAACUUUCGAACAAUAUGCUAUGGUGGCAAGGACCACCUUGGCUAUCAAAACCACAAUCGGAAUGGCCAAAAAACAAUCAAUUGCAGACCCAAAAAAUUGAACAAAAAGUCCAAUGUUUACAAACAUCUAUUAAUGAAACUGAUAUUUUAAAUAGAUUCUCAUCAUACCACAAAGCUCUAAGAGUGUUAUCUUACGUAUUUCGGUUUUAUCAUAACAGCAUUACAAAAUUUAGAUCUCAGUUUACUCAUACACAGAAAUGUCUUACUCAAAAGGAGGUUAACUUCGUAAAACUGCGACUAAUAGCGUUAGCUCAAAAAUCUCACUAUCAGGCAGAAUUUAAAGAUAUCUCAAAUUCUCUGCCAAUCUCUAACCGAAGCUCAUUAAAAUCGCUUAACCCAAUUUUGGACACAGAUAAUAUUCUGCGAGCAAACGGACGUCUUGUAAAUGCAUCACUACCAUAUAACGAACGCUGCCCAAUAAUAUUGCCAGGUAAUUCUCUAUUUUGUCAACUUUACUUGGAACAUUUGCAUUUGUUUCUAGCUCAUGCUGAAUAUAAUCAAAUAUCUAGAAUGGUCCAAACAGAAUUUUAUAUAUCCCGACUAAAGCCUCGUAUUAAAAAGAUAAUACGUCAUUGUAAGACAUGUAUAAUAUAUAAACAAAAGCCAUGUACUCAAAUAAUGUCACCCUUACCACCCGACAGAUGCAAACUCUCAGCUCCAUUUCAAAUAACUGGCAUAGACUUCGCCGGCCCAUUUGAAUUAAAAGGCUCAACUCUUAGAAACGCACCUAUAGUAAAAGGCUAUGUGUGCGUAUUUGUGUGCUUUAGCACAAAGGCAAUUCAUCUGGAAGUAUGUUCAAACUUGUCAACAGCAGCUUUUCGUGCAGCAUUUUCUCGUUUCGUUGGGAGGCGGGGACUCCCUUUCAGGAUAUAUUCUGACAAUGGUCGUAAUUUCGUUGGAGCCAGUCGACAACUGAAACGUGAAUUUGAUUCCUUUAUAAAAUCUACCUCAACAGAUAUUGCAGAAAAAUAUGUUACACAUGGUCUCGAAUGGAUAUUUAUUCCUCCUCACGCUCCUCAUAUGGGUGGUUUAUGGGAAGCCGCCGUAAAAAGUUUUAAGUUUCAUUUAAAACGAGUUGCCGGUUCUCACAAAUUCAAUUUCGAAGAAUUCUCUACUAUUUUAACUCAAAUAGAAGGAAUCUUAAAUUCACGUCCCAUUUCGGCCAUGUCAGACGACCCAGCAGACUUUAAAGCCCUAACUCCAGGACACUUUUUAAGAGGCGCACCCAUUAUGAGUUUCCCUGAAAACUAUGAACACAAAAUUGGACUCAUUAAUCGUUGGGAAAGACUUAAAGCGAUCCAUCAACAGAUGGCUAUUAGAUGGAAAGAAGAUUAUUUGAAGUCGCUCCACAAAAGAUAUAAAUGGAAAAAUGUCUCAACAAAUUUGAAAUCAGGUGAUCUCGUAGUCAUCAUGGAUGAUUUGUUACCUCCAUCCGAAUGGAGAUUGGGCAGAAUCGAAACAACUCACAUUGGUUCAGAUGAUAACGUUCGUGUAGCGGAUGUUAGAACAGCAACAGGCCAAUAUAUAACCACCGAAGGCAUCAGGAGCGAACACGUGACCCUGACGUGUACCAGUGCCGAUUGUGUAAACGCUUCCACUCCAUCAGGCAUUCGAAGUCGUCUCGACAAAAAGCCCCCAAAGCGUAGAGAAUCAGCAAGGUCAACACGUUCAGCACCAUCAAAUCAACGUCAUCAUCCAAGACAAACAUCAACUGACCGCCAGCACCAAUCAGCUUCUUCAGCAGUUCCAGACCAACGCAUCAUUUCCGAAGCCAUUCGUUCCUUAGCACAGGUUCUUUGUGUUCAACCACAACCUCCUGCACCUGAAUCUGAAGUAGAAGAUGAUGUAGAACCUGAAGUAGAACCUGAUGUAGAACAUGAAGUGGAACAUGGAGUAGAACCUGAACUAGAACCUGGAGUAGAACCUGAAGUAGAACCUGGAGUAGAAGAUGAUGCAGAACCUGAACUAGAACCUGAAGUAGUAGAUGAUGUAGAACCUGAAGUAGAACCUGAUGUAGCACCUGAAGUAGAACAUGAUGUAGAACCUGAAAUAGAACCUGAAUUAGAAUCUGAAGUUGAAGAUGAUGUAGAACCGGAAGUAGAACCUGAACUAGAACCUGAAUUAGAACCUGAAGUAGAACCAGAAGUAGAACCUGAACUAGAACCUGGAGUAGAACCUGAACUAAAACCUGAACUAGUACCUAAACUAGAAUUUGAAGGAGAACCAGAAGUAGAACCUGAUGUAGAACCUGAACUAGAACCUGAAAUAUAA